AUGAGUCGCUUGAAUGCGUUAAUAUGUGUAAUGUUUAUAUUCCUUCUUUAUGUCCAAGAGUUAAAUGCCUUAAGGGGAAAGAAAGAGAAGAGCAUUGCACUUCCAGUUUAUGAUGACUUAUUUUUAAAUAAUGGAGGCUUUAAGAUAAUUCUUCCACAAGAAUAUGUUGACAACAACAAUUUGAAUGAAUCGCUCUUGCGUAUGAUUAAAAUUACGAAGAAUAAAUUUAAAAAAAUAAAAAAAUCCAAAACAAGACUUCGAGAUAAUUGUUAUCAUUUAGGAGUUAAUCUUGGUCUGCGUAUUUUACAUCAGCUUAGCCUUUUAAGUUUUCGAAUGAUGAAUAAGGUUAUAAAAGAACAAAGUAGACGUGCACAUAAAGCCAAAAGUAAAAAAUUACCUCCCAUUUAA